AUGGCUGAAAGUAAGAAAAAAUCAUCAUAAACAGGAGUGGGAAUAUUAGCAGGAUUAGCAGGAGUUGCGAUAGGUGCAAUAGGUGCAUUCCUUUAUAAAGAAUUAAAAGAUGAUAAAAAGACUGAUAAUGGAAAUGGCUAAAAAGCACCAUAAAAUGUAGAAAUUAAGAAUAAAAAUGAUAAAAAUACUAAUUAAACUGAAGAUUAAGAUCAAUAUAAUGAAAAUUUAUUCUGUCCUAUAAGUUUUGUACCUAUGACAGAUCCAUACAUAUUAAAGAAUUGCGGUCACUCAUUCUAAAAGGAAACUAUUGAUUAGUGUCUAUAAAAAAAAUUGGAAUGCCCUUUAUGCAGAAAGUAAUGUUAAAAAGAAGAUCUUGUACCAAAUUUUUCUUUAAAAAGUCUAGUCUAAGAUAUGAUAAAAAAUCAAAGUAAAUGA